UGGUGAUAUAUUUUCCAUUUGUUUAAUAAUCUCAUUGAAUAUAAUGUUUACGACUUAUACCCCACGCAUGCGUAAAACGUAGCCUCCGGGAAGCACGUGUAUUUUACAACAAGUGAAAUGGGACCACCAGGUUUUCGUGGCAGAGGUGGCGGUGGUGGAGGAUUUAGAGGCGGUGGGGGUGGAAGAGGAGGAGGAUUUAGAGGAGGUGGAGGAAGAGGAGGAAGAGGUGGUGGAAGAGGUGGACGUGGUGGAUACCAGGAUUAUGGCCCUCCAGAGGAAGUUAUGGAACUAUGCCACUUUGUACACCCAUGUGAGGAUGAUUUAGUGUGUAAAUGCACAAAUGAGAAGAUCCCAUACUUCAAUGCACCUCUGUACCUGGAGAACAAACAACAGAUCGGAAAAGUGGAUGAGAUAUUUGGAUCCAUCAGGGACUACUAUGUAUCGGUGAAACUCUCAGAUGACAUGAAGUCGAAAUCAUUUACAAAGGAGACAAAGUUUUUUAUAGACCCUGCAAAAUUAUUACCACUUCAAAGAUUUUUACCUCAACCUAAAGGAGCUGGCAGAGGAGCAAGAGGUGGAAGAGGUGGACGAGGAGGUGGAAGAGGAGGUAGUGGAGGUUUUAGAGGUCGAGGAGGACGAGGAGGAGGUGGUGGCUUCCGAGGGGGUGGACGUGGAGGUGGAGGUGGCGGAGGAUUCCGAGGUGGUGGAGGAUUCCGUGGAGGACGUGGGGGUGGGGGUAGAGGCAGAUACUAAACACUGCAUUUGGUCAGUCUCAUACUUGGGAUCUAUUACAUUUCACCAACACAAUUCACUGAGUAAAUGGAUGUUCAAAAUAUUGUACAAAUGGUCAUGAAUCUGAUGAAGCUUGAAGAGGAAUUCAAAUACAGAUUUUAGUGUAGGUUGUUGUGAUACAUAUACCAAUAUUGUAAUAAAAGAACAAGAAUUUUCUCAAAUAAUGACCUCCCACUGGUAAUACUAGCAUUAACCAGGUCAUACCCAGUUAUUGUUUCACAGAUAUUGGUCAAACCUUUUCGAUAUGACAACUUGUUAUCUUAGAAAAAAACACUGGUAACAUGACAGGAAACCUAUAUUAACAUGUUAUACUUGGAUGGAAGACUUAAGAAUAUAAAUUGUGUAGACCACAAAGUGUUCUCUGUGUAUGAGUGAGUUAAGUUCUGGAGGAUUUGAUCAAUUCUUCAUAUGACAUACAUAAUCAAUAUGAGUGACAUAUCUUUUGGAGUCGAACAUGUUGCUGUUUUAAUACUGUAUGUUUUCCUGUAAAACUCAUUCAUUAUGUCAUUGAUUAUAAAUUCCAUAUCAAAACAAGUCAUUGAUUAUAUUUGAACUUUCAGACACUUUGCUUUUAUGUAAAUUCUAUUUCAGUAAAUUCAGACAUAUUUUUACUGACUCAAUUUUUAUACGGAACAGCCAUUUUGAUGGUUUUACAUUUUCUUCCAUAAUUAUUAUAAUUCUAUUAUAAUGGUCAAUGGCAUUUAUAAUCUGAUUAGUACCACUUGUAGGUUUGUGUUCGUAGGCUUGUGCUGUUAGCAGCUCUUUUUGUUCAACUGUUCUAAUGUAUGAGCAUUUAUGCACAUGACAAAGAUAGAUACACAUUCGUAGUUAGACUUGGUACACAGCUGACAGUCACAAAUUAAACCUUGGGUUGGCAAUUCCUGUGAGCUUCCUGUAAUUAGGAUUACAAAACAUUUCUUUUACUAUUGGAAUUUU